AUGAACCGUAACACCACCGUUUUAACGCACGAGCCGGCCGCCUUUGCGCUGCCAACCAGCCUUGACCGCUCACCGCUCUACCAUUUCGCCUUCAGCGACUUUGAAAACUGUCGUCUGAACGAAAGUUUUACAACACUGGAGGCUUUGGGGCUUAAUGCGCCAGUACUGGCGCUCGAUGCCGCAGAUGUCGCGACUCUCGUCGAGCCAAUCGACAGAUGUAUGCAUGACAAGCCCAUUUAUAGCAGCACGGAUCGGCAUGAUAGCAACGUUUACAUCGACAGAUCAACAAGCCACCGCAAGACUCAAGCCCACCGCGACGGACCUGGCACUACUCCCUCCAUGCUACACCGGCAUCAUUUCAAAAGGACCUCACGCAAGGAAUUACUUGAGCUGCAAACUAAAGUACUCGACAUGCAGACACAAGUAGACUGUGCUACCACCGAAUUUCAGCAGCUGGCGCAACUUGUCGAUCAAUUUGCGUACCAGCGUGAGCAAGAAAAGCAUGAACAUGAGGCUGUUCGAAGGCAAGAACAACAUGAGAGGGAACGUUUUGACGAGCGUGAAAUAAACAUGGGUCUCGAUGAGCAGCAAAUGCAAUUACGAGCACAAGUUGAGCACGAUGUCAAACAGUUUGAACGCGAACAACAACGUUGCAUGGACUACCAGACAGCCCAAUCAUCACCUGAGCAAGAGCAAUAUCGAUUUUAA